AUGGCGCGCGAAGGAUUCGGGGCUUCGGGCUCAGAUGCGCAGGUCUACCUUGGCGACCGGCGUUUGAACCCCGGUCUUCACUUUGGGAGAAACGAACACUCCGACGCUCCCUUCUGGUCACCUCAGAAUCCCCAGAGAAAAGCCCAAUCGUCUCGGAAUAUUGAUCAAUGGGGAAGGAUGACGUCUGCUACGACUAGACCAGUGAAACUGGCAUGGUUCCGCAAACUGACCCCAGCAAUCAAUAGCCGGGCUGCUAAAGUUCGCUGCGAUGGGCAGAUGCCGUGCGCCAGUGAAGAAUGUCGAUAUCAACCAAGUCGACGAGGUGGUGCCCGUCGAGGGCCUAAUGGAGACUUUGGCUUUCACCGACAAAACUACCGUCAUGACAGUCGUAACAGGGAGCCUGGUAUCCUUCAAAUUCCUUACUUACCACCGACAGAGUCGAUACCACAGCUGCGCAAUAGUUCCCCCGAAAAUGGCUGCUCAGAGCUCCCGACCCCACUUCAUGAUCUUGGAGAUGUAGUAGAGAAUGUCCUAGGAUCUAUGGAGGUGCCUAAGUGGAGCAUCAGGGCUUACCAAUGUGAUCAAGAUCUGAUCAACGCAUACUACAUUUAUUUACACCCUUACCUUCCCUUUCUGCCCCCUCCGGUGGUGCCUCAGUAUGAGGAUAAGUUUGUGGCAGUUGCCAUUCAGUCCACUUCUGUGGCUCCUACGGAGAUGCCGUACUGGCCUGUUUCGCCGCUUGCGCUUGCUCUGGCAGGGAUACUAGUUCUGCUGCCUGUGCCUGGGGAGUCGCAUGCACUACAGAACGAGGCAAGAGCACUACGACGUUCUUAUGCUGAUUUAUUUGCGCGCUCCGCGCUGGACCUUCUGGAGGAUUCAAUCGAGUCAUCCUCCGAGGAAGAUAAGGUUAAAAGCUUGCGGAGUACCUUGCAUCCUGCGGUGCCGAGGAAGCUAGAAGCCGUGUACGCACUGGGAAUCCUCAGCUUAUAUGAAUGUUGUCAACACGGGAAUAUUCCAAAAAUGCGUAUCCGAGCAAACCAGGCUCUAAUUACUGCUAUGGACAUGUCACUGCACAAGGGUACUGCCAAUGGCGAUUACUCGGAUGCGCAACGCCGGUGUUGGUGGGUGACAAUAUUUCUUGUUUAUCAGUCAUCUAUCAUGACUGCCUCGGUGAGUUCAGCGCUCCAAUUGUUACCAUCCAUGAUACUCGAAUCACAACAGCAUUUCCCGAGUUUCGGGGAUGUCGCGAGCUGCGAGGUCGGACGCCAGCUCAUCACUGAGGGCCACCAUUCCAACCUAUCAAAUUCCAUCCGAGAAGAAAUCCAGACUUUGGAUUCCUUCAUCCUUGAGCUGGCAGCCGAAGUUGACAGGUUUCGCUGCAUAACCAAUUAUGAAGGGCCCGAAGCAGACGCCUCGCGCAACUUGUGGGCCAUAACCAAUGGCCUGAUCCACACAGCCAGACUCAUGCUCCAUCGGGUUCGUGCCUUUCCAGAUCGCGCUCUCCUAAAUAACGACUACUACGAUUACCUCGCGAUCGGAAUCAGCCAGACUUCACAAGGGGUAGCACACGACUUCCACCUCUCUACGGGACGAAUCGCUGAGAUAAACGCUCUCUUCCCUUUUACUGAGAAAAAAUCAAUCCAGAUCUGCCUGCAUUCCGCCCUCGUUGUCUGUCGGAUUUUCCGCCGUCUUCCUGUCCCGAACGCUACUAGGUACACCGACAUUGCUGAGGACGAAAUACCCCUUCCGUGGCUGUCAUGGUGGCCUAUGGCCUCUCCACGCUCAAUACCUUAUCUAACAUGCUGUCAAUUUCAAAGCUUUGGUGUAUUGGCAAUCGUGCUGUGGCGUGUGCGAAUGGCUUCACGCUCUGGCAAUUUGGCUAGUUACUCAUAUUUACUUGAUCAACCUGGUAGUUGUUCAACCCAGGUGCAAGAUGCAGAGCGCUUGAUCGAGGAGCUGCAGUCGGGAAUGGAGGCUAUGGGGCGGUCUAUCCAUGCGGAUACGGUGUUUGAGGGAAUUAUAGGAAUGGCCAAAGAGAUAGAGAGGAUUUGGAAGAGCACUGUCAUGGAUUAA